AUGUCAGAUACAACACCCGCCACCGAUACCACGACGCCCACCGCCACGUCGGACGCGCCCGAAGUUGCCGCGGCCGUUCCCAUCCCUGAGACGCCAGCACCGAGACGAGAGACGGGCGACAGCGAAGGGGACGAACCCCAGAACCCACUGACGCGAAAGUUCACCGACGCGGAAUGGGCGGCCGUGAAAGAACUCAGGGCACAGCUUCCGGAGAUCUUCACGGAGGCGUAUACGUCGAAGGAGGACAAGCAGGCUCCGAUUACCCUUUGGGGUGUGCAGAUCGACCCCGCAAACCCGAAGGACGCCCGAGUGAGUGUCGUUCUCGUCAAGUUCCUCCGCGCCAGGGACCUCAAGGUUACAGAGGCGCGUAAGAUGCUCACUGACACGCUCAAGUGGCGGGAGGAGUUCAAGCUCGCGGAGGUCUUGACGGAAGAGUUCCCCGAGGACGUGUUCGGAAAGCUGGGCAAGAUUUAUGGCAAGACCAAGGAGGGUCACCCCAUUGUGUAUAACAUCUACGGAGGAGCCGACGUGAACGCCGUCUUCGGCGACGUCGACCGGUUCCUUCGCUGGCGUGUCGCCUUCAUGGAGAAGAGCAUCGAGACGCUCGACUUCGAGAACCUCGAUGCGAUGGUGCAGAUCCACGACUACGAGGGCGUCAGCAUGAUCCUGCAGGCCUCCGCGCUCUUCUCAAACUACUACCCCGAGCUCCUGUCACGCAAGUUCUUCGUAAACGUACCGACGUUCAUGGCGUGGGUCUUCUGGCUGUUCAAGUCGUUUUUCAGCAUGGUUGGGACGGGCCCGAAGACGAUCGGCGCGGAGCUCCUCCCUCUCAUCGAUGCGCAGGAGCUGCCGAAGCGGUAUGGCGGUGAGGCGGCUGGCUGGGAUUAGAGCCUCUGCGACGCGUGGUGCUUCGAAUUUAGUAUGAAUGGUGGAUGUACUGUAGCUUGAUUUAGGCCGGUUAUUUUUGGCAUACCCCUCUUAGUCUCAAUGGAAACGUAGACAUACCCUCGGGAAAGGGUCAACGCCUCUAAGGCCGAACCGAGUUCAUAAACUCCGAACGCGUUCGAUAGUAUGCGCAUAUCAUUGCAUGGACAUAUGCUACGCGCCAACCGAGACAGACAAAAACGAUAUAGACGGAAUAAAUACUACAGAAACAAUACACCUAUGGAUACACGCGAGACAAUGUCUAUGAACGCUCUCCACGGAGCCGCCGCGCGAGCGCGAGGUCCUUGGGCUGAAUAGUGACGCGCUUUGCAUGAAUCGCAGCGAGGUUGGUGUCCUCAAAGAGGGAGACGAGGUACGCCUCUGAUGCUUCUGAAGCGCCAUUACGGCGGAGGACUGGAAGCGGAGAUCAGU